UCCCUAUUUCUCCAUUUUUUUUAUGAAAAAAUCGACGAAUAGACAGCUUAUAGAAUUGUAAUUGCUGAAAAAUACUAAAUAAAAACUAGUAAUCUCUUUAAAUUGUAAUUAACCAAGAUGUCGGCAACGGAUCAAAUGAGGGCUAUGCUUGACCAACUGAUGGGCACAACUAGAAAUGGUGACGACGGUCGUGGCUUGAAAUUCUCCGAUCCUCGUGUGUGUAAGAGUUUUCUUUUGGAUUGUUGUCCCCACGACAUCUUGGCAUCGACACGUAUGGAUUUGGGCGAGUGCCCAAAGGUACACGAUUUGGCAUUUCGUGCUGACUACCAGAAUGCGGUAAAAUCACGAGAUUAUUACUAUGAUAUCGAGGCAAUGGAACAUUUGCAGGCCUUCAUUGCUGACUGUGACAGGCGUACAGAGGCGGCCAAACAACGCCUCAAGGAGACACAGGAAGAACUUACCGCCGAAGUGGCGGAAAAGGCAAAUGCUGUACACGCAUUGGCCGAAGAGAUAGGCAAGAAACUGGCCAAAGCCGAAGCAUUGGGUGAGGCGGGUGAGGUCGAAGAAAGUAUGUCACUGAUGAAGGAAAUCGAUGAGCUGCGAGCAAAGAAAAUCAAAGCAGAACAUGAAUAUCGUACAUCAAUGCCCGCCUCAACGUAUCAGCAGCAAAAGUUGCGAGUGUGCGAAGUGUGCUCAGCCUAUUUGGGAAUACACGAUAACGAUAUCCGGUUGGCAGAUCAUUUCGGCGGUAAGUUGCAUUUGGGCUUUUUAACCAUUAGGGAAAAACUGGCUGAAUUGGAGAAGACGGCGGGACCACGCAAGGCAGAAUUAAAGCGUACCGGCAAGAUACAUGAACGUGAUAGUGAACGAUCGCGAUCACGUUACUUUGUGGGUGGUCGUGAGUUGGAUAGAAGGUCGCGUGUGCACCGUUCGAGAUCACGAGAGAGACGCCGAGGUGGUGGUGGCGGCGGCGGCAGCGGCGGUGGUGGUGCAGCUGUAGAAGGGGGUAGCUCCGGCACAUCUGGUGGACGAUCCGAUCGUAAAGAUCGCAAUGAAUCACGUAGAGGUGGUGGUGCUGGAGGCGGUGGUCGUGGUAGUCCCGAUAGAAGAAGAUCUCGUUCCCGAUCACGUGGACGCAGUUAUAAUUCCCGCAGAAGGUCAUCUUCAAGGGACCGGUAUCGUCGUUAAGCUACAAAACCCUCCCCACCAUUAGGGCAAGAUCAAUCAUCAUCAACGUCUGUGUGUGGAGAGAGCAAGAGGAUGUCACAUCCACAGCUAUGGGCGAUGGCUUGGCUUAGAAAACUUCAUAAGAAAAUCAUAAUUUUAAGUCUAGACGACAAUUCAAUAGCAGCACGUAUGUAAACUUAAAUUUUGUUUUCCAUUUUCCAAUGAUAUUGUCUUAUAUUUUUAAAUAUAUAAAUUAAUUUCUUUAAUAUCCCAAAAUUCACUCAAACAAAUACAUACACAGACUUACACACAUACAACAUAAACAACAACCCACAACAUACAAAACAAAACAAAAAAAGAAUAACAUUAAUUUUAGAUUUAAAUAUAAUGUUUGUACAUUAA